UUAUUCCUUUGCUAAUGAGUAAAAACUAUAGAUUAAAAAUAAGGCCCUUUCUUAUUUUCUAAACAUAAUAUUUUUGUUUCUAUAGGCUAAAAUAGAAAGCGGGGAGUAUGUUCUCGGGGAACUGGUAUUUCCAAGAACAUACAAAAAGCUUCUGCUGCAGCCAGAUGGUUCCCUAAAAGAAGAGAGCUUCACGGUGUCUGGGCGGAAGAUCCCACUCAGAGAGAUACAGGGAAGGGAGCUUGAGAGGCAGGAGAGUCUGGGCUUAGUGCGAAACCAUAGUGACUCACACUAUGCCAGCCUUUCCACCGCGGAGGUCAAACAAAGACUGAAAAAUAUCGGUGAGCUGGUUCCAGACCAUGAAGAUGCUAAGGAGAAGCUAAAAAGGCUCGAGAGCACCAGGCACAUCAUGGUUUGGAGUGAUAACUCAACAGCAAUGAACCAUGGCCAUAUUCUUUUGCUCGUUCAGUUUCUGUACGAUCCAGCAUUUUUUUAUACAAGCGAUGAAAUGAAAGAAUAUGGCCAUGGUGAUGUUGAUGUUAUCAGUCUAGUGGAGAAGCCUCAUGUUUACAUCAUUGGGCGAUGUGGCUCUUCUGAAGCAGAGAAGCUGUGUUACAUAGAAACAAGAGUAGAAUGCUUGAUGGACAUGGGACAUAAAUGUUCCACUUCAACAGGUAAAGAGGUAAAUAACAUUAUGCGCUUCUUCCAUGGUGAUGGCCCCGAACAGCAGUUUGAGAGUGGAGAGCAGAAAGGUGGUAAUGCUGGCUGCAGUGCUUGCAGUGGUGACACAAGAAUGUAUUCUAAUUUAACAUAUUGUUUCCGGCGUCCAGAGCUCUCACUUGCAGAUCGCAAGGCGAAAGUGCUUGCAGGCCCUGCAGAAAAAAAAACAAAAGAAAUGCUGGAGUUAAGCCCUUCCAUAAUUUAAAGAUAAAGGAGCUGGAGGUGGAAUGCAGGGCCAGGGGCAUAGCAGACUUCGGCUGCAGGAAGAGCCUUCAGCACAAUCUAAGUCAAGAGCUUGGGGGAAUUCAACGUGUACCGGCCUUGAUGUUUUCUCACCAAGAGAAAGAGCUAGAAGAAAUCAACAUAGGAUUCUACGAAGUUCUUCCAACUAAACCACUACAUGAUGUCAAGGAACAAAUCUCAAACAUAGUUGAAGAACUGCCACUGCACCUAGAAAAACAAGAAAAACAAGAAUUUGAAAGGGUAAAAGCUACUGUCACUGGCACUAAAGACAAGCUAAGAGGCACAGACAUGAGGUAUCUAUGCGCUAUUCUUGGAAAGCAAAUGAGAGGUGUCAUGUCUGAGAAACCACAAACAGUCUUUGAUACUCUAACAGAAGUGUCAAGACUAUUGUAUAGCCACCCAAGCAAAAGAUGUCCAAGAGAUAUUUUGUGUCUCCACAACCAGAGCUUCCUUCAUGCCAUGACUUUGAAAGAGGUUAUCAAGGAAACAAAGUCCUUGACCGAUCGAAAGCUGUAUGGGCGCUACUUCCACUCUCUUGUUGUCCAUUCCCCAAUCCAGUCAAGACUGGUCAGUGGUCGAUCUGUAAAUACUGAACAGCAGGAGCGCCACUUUAACACCUUCUCUGCAAUAGCAGAAAAUACCUCGAGCAGAUGUCCUGGUGAAAUAAUCACACCCGGCCUAGUUCGUAUGCAGGCUGAACUAAAGGUAGCUGACCAACACAGAAACACCUUGAGUGAACAAGUAUCCAAAAUCAACAGUAUUGCCAAGUCAUCAUCUGCACUAUCCAACUCAAUCAUUCCAAACAGAUAUAUUCUUCGACACCCUAAUGAUUAUCAGGCUCACCUGGAGCGCAUCUCAGAUUUUCUUUUGUGUGGAGAGGGUGUAUGGUGGAGGCAAGUUGCUAGUGGUGUUGAGUUUUUUGAUGGCCCCCAAGAGUUAGGUUCAAGGACAGCUGGUCCACCACUUCAUCACUUUAUAUCACAGACAAUAAAAUCAGAAUGAAGUUAUCUACAAGAGUGCUGGGACAAGUGCUUGACCAAUGAUAUUCCAAUUCCACACUACAAAGUCAAGAUAUAUGAUGAUGAUGGUGAUUUAAAAGUGAGCAAGCUCACUGGGUUUUUUAAUGAUGAUGAUAAAGAGGAAGAGGAGGAAGACAGAGCAGAGGAGUGUGAAGAAACUGAAGCUCACAUAAUAAGCAUGCAA